CCAGACGCAAACCUAAACCAUUUAGCACGACCACCACUGUACGAAAGCAGCAUGGACAGAUUGAAAUUCAAUAAUUUGGUGAUAUCCAACAAGAAAGUGAUCCAGAAGGCACGAGCACAGACCAUUGCCAAGCUUGUCCAGAAGCUGCGAAAGACGAAAAAUGUUCUGACCAAAAAUCCAGACAGUGAAAAGGAGAAGAUUCGCCUGCGUAAAAACAGCGAAUGCCUGGCUCAGCUGAAGGCCCUGAAAUGUCUGGACAUAGUGCGUCAAUCGCUCCUCCAGGAGGGCACAAAUCCCAAUGCGGUUAUUGCCAACGAGCGCUCCACUCCGGAUGAACUGGGCAUCGCCAUGCUGCGGCUAAAUAAACUGAUGCACGGAUUGGUGGACACUUUUGUGGAGACCCUCAAGCUAAGCACAGACAAGGAGGCCAAAUGGCGCGAGGAGAUCCUGGAGACGAGCAAACGCCGAGUUAAAAUAGAGCGCACCGAGGAGCGGAAGAGGAAACGCAAGGAGCUCAAAGAGCAGAAGGCCUUAACCAAAAACAGAUUGGAGUGGUUGGAGCAAAAUAAAGUGGGAGGAUCAGAAGUUGAGGGAGCAGCAGCGGAGGAUACAUCUACUCUUGAAGUAAGCCAAGAGGAUCAGCCAGAGAUCUCCAAAUCUCCAACCAAACCAGAGAAACCUCUAACUCUAUCUACAGAGAAAAAGGAUAAAAUACGUAAGACAGAAAAACCACUUGCUAAAAAGGAAAAGAACCUAAAGAAAGAAAAACCUAAUGUUCGAAAAGACGAGCAGUUGAAACCAGAGAAGCUCCAAAAGGAAUCUGUAAAGAAAAUCAAUGAAAAACAGACAAACCAGUCUCACGACAACCAGACACAGCCUAAAGUCAAGCCGAAAGAAACUAAGCCCAAGCCUUUGGAAAGAAAACCGGCCAAAGAACAGAAGCCUAAAUCUAAGCCAGAACGGCAGCCCAGCAUUGAAGAAGACGAACCCAAACCUGACAAUAAUCGCCCUACACAUGUUGUUGAUCCCUUUUUCAUUACUGAAUCGGGUCAGCCCUACUUAUCCACGGCUGUCGUUCUUUCCGGGGACGACGACAGUGAAGCUGAAGAGGAACAGAGGCCGCCGCCAGUCAAAAGGUUUCGCCACGAAGAGCGAAGGACGAACACCUACCAGGAAAGAGCCGAAAGACAGCAGGAGUUCAGAGCCAAAAAGCCAACUGAUGAUCGCCAUCCCUCCUGGCUGGCCAAGCAGCAGCAGAAACCAAUUAUCAGUGAUUUUAAGGGCAAGAAGAUCACAUUUGGCGACGAUGGGCAGGCGUCUGAGACAAGAGCUCCUCAGAUUAAUCCGCCAGCCCCGACUGCUGCUCCUCUAUCCACCGAGGGCAUGCAUCCCUCUUGGGUGGCAAAGCAGAAGUUUAAACCCAAAAUCGCUGCCUUCCAGGGCACCAAGAUUAAGUUUGAUGAAGAUUAAAAAUGUUGUUGGUA